AUGACAACAAAGCCUACGGGCGAGGCACCCGGGCCCUCCAAAAUCCCCUUCUGGCGCACAGUCUGGGACCAAAAGAUCCUGACCGACGAGGUCACCAACUUCCCCUACGAUGGAUCCGGCACACCAGAGGAUCCAUAUGCCAUCUCUUGGAUCCCCCAGGACCCGCGCAACCCCAUGAACUGGGGGUACGUUAAGAAAUGGUCCAUCACGUUCCUGGCUUCUUUCAUCACGCUGGCGGUGUCGCUGGUGUCGUCUGCGUACUCGGGAGGCAUCUCCCAGAUCGUGACGGAUUUCAAUGCAUCGGAGGAAAUCGCCAUCUUGGGUGUGUCGUUGUUUGUUCUGGGGUUUGCUUUCGGGCCUCUUAUUUGGGCGCCGUUAAGUGAGACUUUUGGGAGGAGGAAUAUCUUUAUCAUGACUUAUGGGUUAAUGACGGCGUUUAAUGCUGGUGCUUGUGGUUCGCAGAACAUUCAGACAUUGAUUAUUCUGCGCUUUUUUGGUGGUUUCUUUGGUUCUUCGCCAUUUGGGAACUCUGGUGGAACUAUUGCGGACAUGUUCGCGUCGUCGGAACGGGGGAUUGCGGUUAGCAUGUAUUCUGCAGCGCCGUUUUUGGGUCCCUGCUUGGGUCCCAUCAUUGGAGGUUUCCUUGGUGAAGCAGCUGGCUGGCGCUGGGUUCUAGGCCUGUUGGCAGCAUUUACGGGCGUUAUAUGGCUGGUCAUUACCUUCUGCUUGCCCGAGACAUAUGCGCCCGUCCUGCUGCGCCGGCGAGCUGAGAAGCUCUCUGAGGUAACCGGCAAAGUCUACCAGAGCCGACUCGAUAUCGACCGAGGUGGCGUGUCGACGCUUCAGAUGUUGAAGACAUCGCUCUCGCGGCCAUGGAUUUUGCUGUUCCGUGAGCCCAUCGUGCUCUUGUCCAGCAUCUACAUGGCCAUCAUCUAUGGUACCCUGUAUAUGUUGUUCGCCGCCUAUCCAAUCGUCUUCCAAGAAGUCCGUGGCUGGAGUCAAGGGAUCGGGGGGUUGGCUUUCGUUGGCGUCCUGGUGGGGAUGAUGAUUGCGUUCACUUAUACCCUUAUCGAUAACUUGAAGUACAUGAAGCUAGCGCAUAAGACGACAGGACGUCUUCCUCCGGAGAUGCGUCUGCCAAUCGGUAUUGUGGGGGCCAUUUCCCUACCAAUCGGGCUGUUCUGGUUCGCCUGGACUAACUCUCCGUCUAUCCACUGGCUGUGUUCCGUCGCAGCUGGAGCUCCGUUUGGAUUCGGUAUGGUUUUGGUAUUCCUGGGAGUCAUGAACUAUCUGGUGGACUCAUACACGAUCUUUGCUGCCUCUGUCCUGGCAGCCAAUUCAGCUCUGCGAUCACUUUUCGGCGCUAUCUUUCCCCUUUUUACCACCUACAUGUACCACAACCUGGGCAUCCAUUGGGCAACGUGCAUCCCAGCCUUCCUUGCUGUGGCCUGUAUUCCUUUCCCGAUUAUCUUCUACUUCUACGGCCCCCGCAUCCGCAAGCGCUGCACCUAUGCCGCCGAAGCCGACGCCUUCAUGCAACGACUCACAAUGAAGCACCUAGCCGAAGCGCCGCACGACGAACCAGCCAACGAGAAGAGCGCUGCAUCGAAUGAUGCUGAGAAUAACGCUGGCAGUGGCAGUGACAGCGACAGUGAUGUCGCUGCGAGUCUCUCGACCGUGCCCUCUUCGCGACGGAUGACGAGGAGUAGGGCGGGUUCCCAUGCGUCGCGACAGACUAUUGCUACGCAAUAUGAAGAGAAUCCGUAUAAUAUUGAUCGGGUGAACACGCGGCAUUCAGCUAUUAGUGGUCAUCGUGCGAAGAUUUGA